UCACUGCCCAUAUAAAAAGGCCAUCGUUUCUCUCCAUAAAACCCCAACAAGAAACAAAACCUUUUCUGUUACUGGGUUUCUUUACACAAUAUGGAGACGUGGUCUAUUUACUGGCUCUCCUUUCUAAGCUUCAUUGUAAUAAGUGCAACACAUUAUUUGAUUUACAAGUGGAGCAACCCUAAGUGUAAUGGAAAGUUACCUCCUGGCUCCAUGGGUUUUCCUUUGAUUGGAGAGACCAUAGAAUUCCUCAUUCCAAGCAAAUCUCUAGAUGUUCCGAAUUUUAUCAAGAAAAGAAUGAGAAAGUACGGUCCAUUAUUUCGAACAAAUUUGGUGGGUAGGCCAGUUGCUGUAUCAUCGGAUCCUGAUUUCAACUAUUACCUUCUUCAGCAAGAAGGGAAACUGGUGGAAAGAUGGUAUAUGGACUCAUUUUCUAAGCUUCUUCACCAUGAUGUUACACAAGUUAUUUCAAAACAUGGCUCCAUACAUAAAUACCUAAGAAACUUAGUUUUGGGUCAUUUCGGCCCUGAGCCCCUCAAGGAGAAGUUGCUGCCUCAGCUAGAGACUGGUAUAAGACAAAGAUUGCAGAUUUGGUCUAAGCAGCCAAGCAUCGAAGCCAAAAGUGCCAGUUCAGCUAUGAUAUUUGAUUUUACUGCAAAAGUAUUAUUUAGCUAUGACCCAGAAAAAACAAAGGAAAACAUAGGUGAAAGCUUAAGCAACUUCUUGCAAGGACUUAUGUCAAUCCCCUUAAAUAUUCCCGGUACAGCUUUUCAUAGAUGUUUAAAGAAUCAGAAGAGGGCAAUAAAAGUAAUAACUAAGUUGUUUGAAGAGAGACGUAGUAAUCCAGAGAUUAAUAAAGGAGACUUUCUUGAUCAAAUCGUGGAAGACAUGAAAACCGACAGUUUUUGGACUGAAGAGUUUGCCAUAUACGUAAUGUUUGGGCUAAACCUUGCCAGCUUUGAAACUAUAUCCUCUACUCUUGCUUUAGCCAUUAAGUUUCUCACAGACAACCCUUCUGUAGUGGACAGAUUGACGGAGGAGAAUGAGGCAAUCCUGAAGAACAGAGAAAAUGCAGAUUCAGGACUUUCAUGGAAAGAAUACAAAUCCAUGACCUAUACUCAUCAGGUUGUCAACGAAUCGCUCCGGUUGGCGAGUGUUGCACCAGGAAUUUUGAGAAGGGCAAUAACAGACAUUGAAGUUGACGGUUAUACAAUCCCAAAAGGUUGGACUAUAAUGGUCGUCCCGGCAGCUGUUCAACUGAAUCCUAAUACCUAUAAAGAUCCUCUUGCCUUUGAUCCGUCAAGAUGGGAAAACAUGGGUUCUGUUGCAAUGGCAAAGAACUUCAUAGCUUUUGGAGGAGGCUCAAGAUCUUGUGCGGGAGCAGAGUUCAGCAGGGUUUUAAUGGCUGUAUUUUUUCAUGUCUUCGUCACUAAAUACAGGUGGGUGAAAAUCAAGGGAGGAGACAUGGUCCGAUCUCCAGCUCUAGGAUUUGGCAAUGGUUUUCACAUAAAAGUUACAGAAAAGCAAGAAUAAUAUAUGCUUAGGGGUCAUGAUUAGGAAUACACUACCAGACCCUCCUUAAUUAGACAAAUGCAUAAAAUAAAGUAUGGCAUUUGGUUGUUAAACAAAUGGCCUAUCAAUCAUCAGUUGUCUGUCUUUAUGGUUUGCAUUGCUUAGGGUUUUUGUGUUUAUGUAUAGCACUUCUGUUUAUCAUCAGGAUGUGCAUUAUCUGUGGAUUUACUUAAUUAAAUAAAAAAGAAAAUUAUCUCAA